AUACUUCAGUAAUGAACCUGGACCCCCAGACACAAAAGGGAAGAGGAAAAGUCAUGUUCCUGUGGAGGAGCAGCUGUCCAGCUGUGCUCUGUGUCAGGACGUCCUGAAGGAUCCAGUCUCUACCAGCUGUGGACACUGGUUCUGCAGACAGUGCAUCACCUCAUACUGGGAGCAGCGACCUCCAUCAGGAGACUCCUCAUGUCCCCAGUGUGGAGAAAGAUCCAGAACCAGAGCUGGACUGCAGACAGCCAGUCAGACCAGAACAGUACAAACAGAACGUGGUCUGCAGGAGGUUUUAGAUGAACAUAGGCUCAGUCUGAGGAGGAGAUGUGAAAAAGUGACUGAAGGAACUGAAUAAAGUGAAACCAGCCUCAACAGGAUCUACACUGAGCUCUACAUCACACAAGGACAGAGUAAAGAGGUUAACACCCAACAUGAGGUGAGGCAGCUUGAGGCAGCUUACAAGACAAAUACCCUCCAUUACACUCCAAUCAAGUGCCAGGACAUCUUUAAAGCCUCACCUGACCAACAGACUCACAUCAGAGCGGUCCUGACCAACGGAGUCGCUGGAGUUGGAAAAACUUUCUCAGUGCAGAAGUUCACUCUGGACUGGGCCGAGGGUUUGGGAAACCAAGAUGUCAGUCUGGUGAUCCCGCUCUCCUUCAGGGAGCUGAACCUGAUCAAAGGUGAGCAGUACAGUCUUCUCAGACUGCUCCAUGUUUUCCAUCCAACCUUACAGGAGGUCACAGCAGAGCAGCUGGCUGUCUGCAAAGUGCUGUUCAUCUUUGACGGCCUGGAUGAAAGCAGACUUUCUCUGGACUUCAAAAACAAUGAGGUUGUGUCUGAUGUCUCUCAGCAGUCCUCAGUCGACGUGCUGCUGACAAACCUCAUCAGGGGGAAGCUGCUUCCCUCGGCUCUCGUCUGGAUAACUUCCAGACCUGCAGCGGCCAAUCAGAUCCCUUCUGAGUGUGUGGACAGGGUAACAGAAGUACGAGGCUUCACUGACGCACAGAAGGAUGUGUUUAGGAGGAGAUCGAGUGAUGAAGAAUGGUCCAGCAGAAUCAUCUCUCACAUCAAGAGCUCCAGGAGCCUCCACAUCAUGUGUCAGAUCCCAGUCUUCUGCUGGAUCACUGCUGCAGUUCUGGACCGCAUGUUGACUACAGACCAGAGAGGAGAGCUGCCCAAGACCCUCACUGACAUGUACUCACACUUCCUGCUGGUCCAGAUCAAGAGGAAGAAGCAGAAGUAUGAAGAGGGACAUGAGAGCAGUCCACAGCAGCUGACGGAGGCUGACAGGGAGCUUCUUCUGAAGCUGGGGAGGCUGGCGUUUGAACAUCUGGAGAAAGGAGACAUCAUGUUCUACCAAGAAGACCUGGAGCGCUGUGGUCUUGGUGUCACCGAGGCCUUGGUGCACUCAGGAGUUUGUACAGAGAUCUUCAAAAGAGAGAGUGUGAUCUUCAAGAAAACAGUCUACUGCUUUGUUCAUCUGAGCAUUCAGGAGUUUCUGGCUGCAGUCUACAUGUUCCACUGUUACACCAACAGAGACACAGAGGUACUGAAGGACUUCCUGCAGGGAGACUAUAACAACAUGUUUAGCAGUGAUCAGGAUUACCCAUCCCUGGAUGUCUUCCUAAAGAGCGCCAUGAUGAAAUCACUCAAAAGUAGAAAUGGCCACCUGGACCUGUUUGUCCGCUUCCUCCACGGCCUCUCUCUGGAGUCCAACCAGAGACUCUUAGGAGGCCUGCUGGGUCGCACAGACAAACGUCCAGCAAUCAUCCAGAGAGCCAUCAGCAACCUGAAGGAGAUGAGAAGUGAUGAAGUCUCUCCCGAGAGGAGCCUCAACAUCUUCCACUGUCUGACAGAGAUGAACGACCACUCAGUACUUCAGGAGAUCACAGAGUUCCUGACGUCAGAGAACAGAUCAGAGAAGAGACUCUUUGUGAAACACUUCUCAGCUCUGGCCUACAGGCUGGAGAUGUCAGAGGAGGUUCUGGAUGAGUUGGAGAAGUACAAAACAUCACAGGAGGGACGACGGAGACUGAUUCCAGCUGAGAGGAACUGCAGGAAGGCUGUAAUUCCUGACAGUGGAUUCUUAGACUGGGAAGUCGUGGCCUCAGCUCUGAAGUCAGACCCCUCCAAUCUGAGAGAGCUGGAGAUGAGAGGCGGUCUGCAGGAUUCAGAGGCGGUGGAGCAGCUGAGUUCUGGACUGAAGAGUCCAAACUGUAGACUGAAGGCUCUGAGACUGAUAGGCUGCAGUUUGUCAGAGAUCAGCUGGGCUGCUCUGAUCUCAGCUCUGAAGUCCAACCCUUCCCAUCUGAGAGAUCUGGACCUGAGUUACAACGAUCUGCAGGAUUCAGUCGUGAAGCUGCUGAGUGAUCUUCUGGAGAGUCCAGACUGCAGACUGGAGGCUCUCAGACUGAUAGGCUGCAGUUUGUCAGAGAUCAGCUGUGCUGCUCUGAUCUCAGCUCUGAAGUCCAACCCUUCCCAUCUGAGAGAUCUGCACCUGAGAGGCAACGAGCUGCAGGAUUCAGGAGGGAAGCUGCUGAGUGAUCUUCUGGAGAGUCCAGACUGCAGACUGGAGACUCUCAGACUGAGUGGCUGCAGGUUGUCAGAGAUCAGCUGUGCUGCUCUGAUCUCAGCUCUGAAGUCCAACCCUUCCCAUCUGAGAGAUCUGGACCUGAGUGGCAACGAUCUGCAGGAUUCAGGAGUGAAGCUGCUGAGUGAUCUUCUGGAGAGUCCAGACUGCAGACUGGAGACUCUAGAACUGAUGAGCUGCAGGUUGUCAGAGAUCAGCUGUGCUGCUCUGGCCUCAGCUCUGAAGUCCAACCCUUCCCAUCUGAGAGAGCUGGACCUGAGUUACAACGAUCUGCAGGAUUCAGGAGUGAAGCUGCUGAGAGAUCUUCAGGAGAGUCCAGACUGCAGACUGGAGAAACUCGGGAUCGAUGGCUAGACAAUGAAAGCCAAGAUACAGAAGAAAUGUCCAUGAGGGAAUAUCGUCUUCUCAACAAAUGGCAGUGCGUUCAGCCCCGUAAUCCUGCAUGAGGUUCAAUUUCUGUCCCUCAACUCUUUGGAAACAGUCAGAAGAACGGCUACGGAGAACACGAAGAACAGUUUUCAAUUAUGACAUUUUAUGCGUUAAUCACCCCGACUCAAUUAAUCUCACGUGACUAUUUUUCACUCAUGUUCCCGGUAAUAACACGUUUUCUUCAUAAACCUAGUCUAAAUAAACUGCAGUGAGUAACAUUUCCAUGGAGUAGGAAGAUAUUCAAUACCAAGAAGCACAUGAUUGCGUUUUUCAGUUUUUUUAAUCUUUAAUACUUUUGUAUGCAUGCUUGAGGUAACAUUAAGCUGUCUGUGGCUCUUUUCUGCUGUAACAAUGUACAUUUCCCCUCUGUGGGACUAAUAAAGGUAUUCUGAUUCUGA